AUGAAGACUCGUAACAGUCAGCAAAAUCCACGGGGCAAGGGACGUCGUCCCCCGGCGGCGCCUCAGAAGCCCUCGCCAAUAAUAGCACCGUGGAAGCGCUGGGAGUCGGUGGUGAUCAGACUGACCAAUCUGCCUCUCGAGGCCAACGCCCAGACCAUCUGGCACGCCCUCAACGAAGAAGGCCAUAUAUUUUCCAUUGACCUUUUUGAAGAUGUUCACGGCCAGAGAAUCUCCAGGGGCAAAGUCCGCUUCAAACCACCACCCAAAACGGACUUCUGGCGCAAUGGAACAUACCCUGUGGUCCUGCCGAACGGACGGACGGUGAACCUUACCAUUGCCCUUGAAGAGCCCAGAUUUUCUGAGUUCAAGAUCCCCAGCCCGGUUCGGCCGAAUGUCCUCUACCCAACCGAACUCAAAAUACCCCUUUCUUCCAUGGAUAUCGGGGUCAUGCUGGACGAGACUACCCUGCUCCCCAUGCGCACGAUCGAACCUGGCCUCUUUGGAACCCCCUUCCUACUGCUGGACCUCAGGCAACGGUCGUUAUUCGUUCACUUCCAGUUGCAGCUGGUCGGUUCGAGAGCUAAAACAGCCUCGCAAAAUGUCAAAUACGACAGCUACCGUCUCAAAGUCCCUCUCCGACAGAUGAGAGGGGUCUUUGAGACGCGCAGCAUUAUCACUGGCGUGAUAUCCCAGCUGACGGUUUUAGAUACCCCCCCUCUAUACCACCGUCACAUCAGAAAUAUAGAUUCUACCUUCCUCGAGGACUGUACCUGGAGAGACUCGGAUUGUUGGUACCGACAGACCUAUAUUAUCCACAAUCCUAUGGAUUUAUCUACCCUCCCCAUUAGCCUACAAAGGCUCAAACCCAUCAUCGACAUCGGCCGAUGGAACGCAUUCAGAUUCAAUUACCCCGGUAAUUGUGAUAAGAAGGGAGACUAUAGUCUUCUCUGUAACAUCUUUCAGGAUUACAAUAUUUCCAUUGAGCAAACCGACCGCUUCACCCAAUGGGAUCCCAGCAAAGAGGCCAUGCCGCCGGUUUGGAGAUGGAUUGAUCUGUCAGAUACCCCGGGCCCGCAAAAUUCGUCCUCCCUGCACGACCUGAUUCACUCUGAAUAUAUUCCCUUGCCGUUCUCGGUUCGUUAUCAGCUUGAAGUGUGCAUCUCCAACGGAUACCUCUCCGAAUUUACGAUGGCGCGUGAGUUUUGUUCCAAAUUAACCGAGCUUGGGGAGACGCAAGCCCGGAAGCUGCUGGAAUAUGUGACAAUCCAGAAGAAAAUAUACUACAAUCCCAUGAAGAUCUUUGACCUCAAAUUCGUCAAAGGCGUGACCGAUGCAAAGAUACCUCCAUACUGCUGCCACAUGCGCUCUGCGACGAUCACUCCCAGCACUAUCUACUACAACAUGCCGUCGGUAGAUAUCUCAAACCGAAUUAUCAGGCGCUAUAUGGAGCACGCCGAUCGCUUUCUCAGAGUUCGAUUUACGGACGAGAAGCUCCUUGGUCGCAUUCAUGCGACAAAUGACAAUUCAAAUGAUGAGAUAUUCACCCGUAUCAAGCGAGCCUUGGCGAAUGGCAUUGUUGUUGGAGACAGACGCUACGAGUUCCUUGCUUUUGGAAACUCCCAAUUCCGUGAGCACGGAGCCUACUUCUUCGCCCCGCUUCCUGAUCUCACGGCAGCCAACAUCCGCGCCUGGAUGGGACAUUUCCAUGGCAUUCGCAAUGUCGCCAAGUAUGCCGCACGCCUAGGCCAGUGUUUCUCUACAACCCGGGCCAUUGUCGGUUCUCCCGUGCAGACACGCAUGAUUGAGGACGUGGAGCGGAAUGGCUAUACUUUCUCUGAUGGCGUUGGCAAGAUCUCCCGGUUUCUUGCACUAAUGGCCAUGGGCGAGCUGAAGAUCAAGACGCCCACGGGUGAUCCUCCCUCUGCUUUUCAAUUCCGUCUUGGAGGCUGCAAGGGUAUGCUUGCUAUUUCAUCCGACGUCGAUGCACGUGAAAUCCAUAUUCGUAAGAGCCAAAAUAAGUUUGAGGCCUUCCACAGUGGAUUGGAGAUCAUCCGGUGGUCCCAGUUCUCGCUUGCUACGCUGAACAGACAGCUGAUUCUUGUUUUGUCGACCCUCGGAAUUCCUGACAAGGUGUUUCACAUGAAGCUCCAAGCAAUGCUGCGCACUCUUAACGAAGCCAUGGAAAGUGAUUCUCGAGCAAUCGAGGUACUGAAAAAGUACGUCGAUCCAAACCAGACGACUCUCACUGUCAGUCAAAUGGUAUCGGAUGGCUUUCGCAUGGCCAAAGAGCCAUUUAUUACAUCUAUUCUCGCUCUGUGGAGGACUUGGCAGCUCAAGUACUUGAAGGAGAAAGCCAAGAUUGUCAUUGAAAAGGGGGCAAAUCUGCUAGGCGUCAUGGACGAGACUGGCAUUCUCAAGGGCCACUUCUAUGACCAGAUUCCCAGGAAUGGCGCUUCCCUCGAAGAAAAGCUCGCAGCGUUGCCUGAGAUCUUCCUGCAGAUAUCUCGCCCUGAGAACCAAGAGAAUGGUGGGAAGUACGAGGUUAUCGAGGGGCUCUGCAUUAUGACCAGGAAUCCCUCGCUUCACCCUGGGGAUAUUCGGGUGGUCAGAGCAGUUAAUAUUCCCGAGCUGCGCAACCUCCAUGAUGUAGUCGUCCUGCCCCAGACCGGUGAUCAGGAUGUUGCAAGCAUGUGCUCUGGUGGAGAUCUUGAUGGUGAUGACUACCUGAUCAUCUGGGAUGAGGACCUGCUCCACAACCACUGGUUUCGCGAGCCGAUGAAAUAUGCGAGCAACAAAGCCCGGGACCUGGAUCACGACGUCACGGUGGACGAGAUUACUUCCUUCUUCGUCAUGUACAUGAAAAAUGACAGCCUCCCAACAAUCGCCCAUGCCCAUGUUGCAUGGGCAGAUUUUCUGGAGUACGGCGUCAACGAAGAGAAGUGCAUCAGGCUGGCCCAACUCCAUUCUGACGCCGUGGACUACAACAAGACAGGAAGUCCGGCCACCAUGACGCGCAGCCUCCACCCACGCAUGUGGCCUCACUUUAUGGAGAAAGUGAGGCCGAAUUACAGAGUUUAUCACUCCGAGAAAAUCCUCGGCCAGUUAUACGACGCCGUGGAGCGAGUCGACUUUGUCCCAAGCCUAGAAAUGCCAUUUGACGAGCGCAUCCUCAAUUGUCAGAUAGAAGUCAGCGACGAUCUCUACCAGUUCGCUAGAUCCCUAAAAUUCGAGUACGACACAGCAACGCGUCGAAUCAUGGCCCAGCAUGAAAUAAAGACCGAGUUCGAGGUUUGGUCCACCUUUGUCCUGAGCCAUUCCAACAUGAGUAAGGACUACAAGUUCCACGAGGACAUUGGUCUCAUCUCAAAUGCUCACCGCGAGGGUUUCAAAAAGCAAUGCAUCGCCAAAGUAGGCGGUCAUACCUUCGAUGUCAUCGCGCCUUUGGUCGCUGCCAUGUACCGGGUCACGCACGAGGAGAUGUCCGCCGCUCUCAAAAAAUACCGUGUGCAUAACCCACCCAAAGGUCCCAGUAUGGACCAGCUACCCCUGAUUAGUUUUCCGUGGAUCUUUCCGCAUAUCUUGGGGCGGAUUGCCCGCGGACUGUAUGAUCACGAACCUGCAGCCGCCAGAUCAAACUGCAAGGAAGCGGGGCAGGUGGUCAACGGGGUUUGCACGCAGAAUAACAAGAGUAACAUACCUGGAGGCCCUGAUGACCCGUUCGGAUUGUUCACAGAUGAUGAAAAGCAAUACAGCCCGCCACCCACGCAGGAUAACAACAAGAGCAACAUUGCGAAAGGCCAUGAAACCCUAGAAGAACUCCUUGACUUUGGCUUUACCGUCUCCCCGAAGCGGACUUCAUCGUCUGCCACUGUUCCUUCCAUCACGCCGGGUGCAGCCGGACUCACCUUGCUGGAUAUGGUCAACAGUGACACGAUGUGUGUGAAAAGAGAAGAUGGAGAAACUUCCAGCUCCGACCUGGCAUCACCCCUGACCCCCACCAUUGAAAUCGCAGAAGAAGAUCGUUGCGUUGAGAUUGUCGAGGAAGGAGGUGAUCUUGAGCCUACUGCUCUUGAUAAGUUGAAUGAAAUGCUUGGACUUUGAUCG